AUGGCGAGCUCAUCCCAACUAUCCCCUGAUCCGCCUUCCUCCGCUUCGGUCGAGCCUGUGGACAAGAGAUUACUCCUUGCUAUGGGACCUUGUGGACGCUUCCCGACGUGGACUGCUCAGCGACCUCGCGUUGUCAAUGAACUGAUCGCUCGCCUGGACCGCUACUGCCUGAUUCGAGUGAACGGGACCCCAGCCUCCGGGAAGACCACGAUGAUGAAUCUUGUCGCCAACGAGUUGCUCGUGCGUCACCCGACCACGCCGAUCUAUAUCCUCGACGGCUGGGAAGAGGCCCGGGUGGAGAAAGCCGGCGGCUGGACCCUUUAUCUGAAAGCACUGCUAUGGAGUGCUCUCUUCAUAUCCUGCGGGCCCGGCGACGCGGCGAAGAUCGUCCUGUUCACCUGCUACGGCACGGCCGAAGACGACGGCCAUCGGCCGGAGAAGUAUUUCAAGACCCCGAUGGCCUCCUUCCUUCCGCACCAGCAGAUAUCACUUCGGUCGGAAGCGAGAGACCCAGAGUGGAAGCCCAUUGGCUUGCUGCUCGAGGAAAGCGAAGCCAACGAUAUCCUUCCGCAGUUUCUGCCCACCGUGCUCCCCAAUGGUGAGAAGCUUUUGACGGAGGAAUUGGGACACGGACUGUUCCUGGCCAGUGGCGGGCAUGCUGGGUCAUUCACAUCCCUUAUACAUAAGCUCCAAAAGCCAAUCCAGAGCCGUCGCCCCCUCGACUGGAAAACCGCAUGCGACGGGCUUUUCAGUGAUGGUCAGCUGUUCUUCGAGCAUAUCCGGACCACCAUCUUCUCUCGAGGCUUACCGAAACAGAAGGUGAUGCAGAACCCCGCUUAUGCGACGGUUUUCAAGCAUGCGAUUGCGUGCAACGGAACUAGCCGUUCGAGCUUUCCCAGCGACUCGGAUGACGAGACGGCGCUCGAAGAUAUCUGGAGAAACGGAUGGCUCCAUGCCGAGCAUCCGGAGGGAGGAGAUACAUACUACAUGUUUCCCACCCAAGUGCAUCGUUGGUACUGCCAGUUCCUCUUCAAGCCUAGCAAUCCCCGAAAAGAACUAGUCUAUCAGUCCCCCCUCGAGAUGGCGGUCGACGCAAUACGCAGAGUCCAUCCCGACCAGCUCUCGAACCCCCCUGCGAUGCCGAUUGAAGACCUGUGUCAGAAGGAGUUCUACCGCUGCCUCUUUCCCCUGCUGAUCGAAAGCCAAAUCACCGUUUCCCCGGAGUAUCUGAUCAAGACGGGGCUCCGGAGCGGGCGGAUUGAUUUUCUGGUGCCCCAGAAGCAGUGA